CAGCGAUUCGUCGUGUUUGUACAUAGAUAUCUAUGGUGUUUGUAGUAGAAGCUCAUCCGAGCCUGGUCAUGGGCUUAGUUAGCUAUUACCAUGAUGCAAAUUAGUCAUAACUAUCUGUAUCCGUUAUAACUGAAAAUGGCUUAACUCUGCAGCCUGCUUGUGUUAUUUGUGUCAUGAAGCGAUGGCAGUUAGCCUGAAGUUAGCUAGCGGUUUAACUGAACAGAUAUGAGUCGACACGCAGAGAUUCAAAGUGAAAUAGUUAUAAAACGCAGCUCAUGGUCCAAAAAGAGAUCCAGAGAUACAGGAAUGCGGAGCGAUUUAACUCCGGCUAAGAAGCGGCUCAGUGCAGAACAAUGUAAACCAGAACAAUGUAAACCAGAACAAUGUAAACCAGCCGAAGAUAUAAAUAAAGAACCACAGAUCAAGAUAGAAGACAGAGUCCCAGAGCAGUGCUGCAGUGACAGUGAAGAUCUCUUUGAUGGCUACGACAGCAUUAUCGCUGACACCUCCUUCCUCGCCAAGCUGGAAGAUUUUGAACAGGAUCACGCACCACAAACCAGCUCACAGAACAUCGAUCAUCUCACAGACUUUGUGGACAAUUUCCAUGAUUUACCGAGCUCUCAACUUGCGUUUCAGCAAGAUGUGCAAAAUAAAUCUCACCCAGCCCACACAGGAGGAACCGGGAACACGUCUGUUCCCGAUAAGAGAUGCUCCGAUCCGAUCUCCAUUGAUCAGAACAAACCCUCCAGCAAGGCCAGGAGAAGCAUGGCUGACCAGCUGAAAAGGGCCAUGCUGGAAAACGCUACUUCUUCCAACACGGUUUCAAAGGCUGUUCUGCAGAAAGAGGCAGCAGUGAGCGAAGAAAUUAGUGCAGCCGUGCAGACUAUCAAAUACGCGCCCCAAGAAGGAGAUUUGGGUCCUUUCUUUGGGCUUCCAUCCAAAGUUAAGGAUUUAAUCAAGAGACUGAAGAGGAUUGAGGACUUGUAUGAGUGGCAGAAGGUGUGCCUGAAUUUGGACUCAGUGAUCCACAGAAAGAAUUUGAUCUACUCUCUUCCGACGAGUGGAGGGAAGACGUUGGUGGCUGAGAUUCUUAUUUUUAAAGAGAUUCUCUGUAGGAAGAAAGACGCUCUGCUGAUAUUACCAUAUGUAUCCUUGGUGCAAGAAAAGGUUCGAGGAUUGUCAAGUUUUGGUAUUGAGCUGGACUUCUUAGUAGAGGAGUAUGCUGGGAGUAAAGGAAAAUUCCCUCCUGUGAAAAGACGAAGCAAGAAUUCACUUUACAUUGCCACGAUAGAGAAAGGUCAUAGCCUAGUGAACUCGCUGAUUGAGACAAACAGACUGGACAACAUCGGCUUAGUGGUGGUCGAUGAGCUACACAUGCUUGGAGACGGCAGCAGAGGAGCGAUUCUCGAGAUGACUCUGGCCAAAGUACUCUACAUCAGCAAAAGCACACACAUCAUUGGAAUGAGUGCAACUCUGGGGAACGUAGCAGAUCUCCUGAGUUUCCUGAAGGCUGACAACUACACCAAUGACUUCAGACCUGUCCAGCUGAAGGAGUAUGUGAAACUGAGGGACAGUAUAUAUGAAAUCGAUCCUAAAGAGGAGCACUGCUUCUGCUUCUCACGUGUGCUGAAUUUUAAGUACUCCAGCGGGAUGCAGAAGCUGGAUCCGGACCACAUUAUUGCUCUGGUUACUGAAGUGAUCCCUCAACAGUCCUGUUUAAUAUUCUGUGCCACCAAGAAGAACUGUGAAAACGUAGCUGGUAUGAUCUGCAAGUAUCUGAAUAAAGACUUCCUCAAGCACAGAGAGGAGCAGAAAGCGACACUGCUCUCCGAGCUGAGGAACAGUGGGAAUGGCGCGUUGUGUCCCGUGCUACAGAAGACUGUGCCCUUCGGCCUGGCGUACCACCACAGCGGUCUGACCAGUGAUGAAAGGAAGCUGCUGGAGGAGGCCUACUCAUCCGGAGUGCUCUGUCUCCUCGCCUGCACCUCCACCCUGGCUGCGGGCAUCAACCUCCCUGCUCGCAGGGUGAUCCUGCGCUCCCCAUACAUGGGAGCAGACUUCAUAAAGAGGAGUCAGUACAAGCAGAUGGUGGGAAGAGCAGGUCGUGCUGGGAUUGAUUCAAUGGGUGAGAGCAUCGUCAUCCUGCAGGACAAAGACAAGGAGCGGGUCAAAGAGCUAGUGUGUGCGCCAGUGGAGAACUGUUACAGCAACCUGUUACAUGAUGGGAGUCACGGCCUUCUAAGUCUCAUUCUCUCCCUCAUUGGCCUUGAAAUCACAUGCACUGUGGAGCAGGUCCUGGAGUUCAUGUCCAGGACUUUACUCAGCAUCCAGGAAACUCGGCUUUGUCUGCAGAAGAGUCUUAGUAAGCUUACAGUGGAGUCUAUAGAGAUGCUGAAUCAAAAGGGCCUCAUCACCAUGGCUUCUCACGAGCAAUCUGUGCUGCGUGUCACCAAACUUGGAAGAGCAACAUAUAAAGGCUCAGUAGAUCUGAGAUACUCGGACAUCCUCUACAGAGACUUGUCUAAAGGUCUGGAAGGUCUGCUGCUGAACAGUUUUCUGCAUUUGGUGUAUCUGGUCACUCCAUAUGACAUGGUUUCCCAGAUCAAGCCAGAAUGGAUGAUCUACUUCAGUCAGAUAACAAAGCUGUCUGCCGCUGAACAGAAGAUGGCGGCCACUAUUGGUGUGCCCGAGAGCUUCCUCGUUCGGAAAGCAGCUGGACAGAGUGUGAGAAAGAGUAUAGACCCUGCAGUGGUGAACAGACUGUACCUGGCUCUGGUGCUUUAUUCUCUUCUGAAAGAGACGAAUGUGUGGAAUGUCUCGGACAGAUUUCAGCUGACGCGAGGCCUCAUUCAGACCCUCGUCAGUUCCUCCUCAGCCUUCUGCUCCUGUGUGCUGCAUUUCACUGAGGAGCUGGAGGAGUUUUGGGCCUAUAAAGCUCUUCUCACCGAGCUGACCCGCAGACUGACCUACUGCGUACAGGCUGAGCUCAUUCCACUGAUGGAGGUCACUGGAGUCAUGGAGUUCCGUGCCAAGCAGCUGUAUAAUGCUGGGUAUAAAUCUCUGGCUCAUCUGGCCAACGCGGACCCGAACGUGCUGGUGAAAUCUGUGGAGAAUCUUUUUAAGAGGCAGGCGAAUCAGAUUGUGGCUUCAGCAAAAAUGCUGUUACAGGAGAAGGCAGAAGCUCUGCAGGAGGAGGUUGACGAGCUGCUGAUGUUCCCUACUGACCUCCCGUCUGCCUAAACGUUUACUAUUUUAUGUAAUUCAAUUUAACAUUUUUGCUAUUUAUAUUUAUCCUUGAUGGCUAGCCCAACUGUCUAAAAUAAAAAUGAGACAUUUAAU